AUGUCCUGCGCGGCCUCAAGACGCUGCUUGACGCAGCUUUUACGGGACCCGGUCCGGUCCACUUCACUGCCUACGUUUCUGGUCCCUGCCUUUUCCCAGCCAUUGCGAGCACAAUGGUUCUCGACAACCUCUUUGACGCAUUCUCGUGUCGGCGCAACCCCGAUAACAGUACCGCCGGAGGUGACGCUGAAAUUCAUUGAUCUCCCUCAGCCGAAGUCGCGUGGCAGGGCGAAGGAGAUCCCCAAGAUGGCUGUUGAGGUGAACGGUCCAUUAGGUAUGCUCCGCUCGUUUCUUGUCUUCCUGAUGCCGACAUGUCUUUCUGACACGGGACCGAUUGCACUAGGUCAAUUGACGCUCAAGGUCCCCCCCUUCGUGACCAUCAAACAUGAUGAGACCCUGCGGAAGGCGACUCUUUCGGUGGAAGAUCCUACGAUCGCACAUCAACGGGCUAUGUGGGGAACAACCCGGGCACACCUGCAGAACUACAUCCUCGGCGUUUCGGAAGGCCAUAUCUGUAUUCUGAGUCUGGUCGGUGUCGGUUACAGGGCAUCCAUCGAAUCGACCGCGACCACCGUGUCCCCCGAAUACCCCGGACAGCAAUUCGUCAACCUGAAGGUCGGGUACUCACAUCCCAUCGAGCUGGGGGUUCCGAAGGGAGUGAAGGCCAGCACGCCUCAGCCGACCCGUAUCCUACUUGAAGGCAUCGACAAGGAGGUUGUCACCCAGUUUGCCGCCGAGAUUCGGGAAUGGAGGAAGCCGGAGCCAUACAAGGGCAAGGGUAUCUUCGUCAAUGAUGAGACUAUCAAAUUGAAGUCGAAGAAGAUCAAGUGA